AUGUCACACGCUUGGCUAGACUCCCUGUCUGAGGACUGGGUGUCACAGCCCGGGUCGCCGGACGCGUCCUUCGCUCCGGAAGGCUCCGCAGCGGCAUCCCCGGACCCAAAACUCCCCAAACCCCAGACUCCUAGCAGGAUUCCACGGCUCAGCCCACACGCCCGGAAAUUCCAAAACGUCGUCGUCGACAAGAACGGAAACAAGUUGGUUCUCAGCGCAAAUGCCAGCGGCAGUGGCAGCGUUGGGAAUAGCAAGGUACUUGGCGAGCGGAGCAUCAAUGAGCGACUGGCUGCCCUCUCCCGUCGCACCCCUUCCAAACUCUCACAAGAACUAAGUCCCAACGGCCGCGACGGCCGCGAUUGCCACGCGUGUCGCUCUGCUUCUGUCUCGACGACGAAUUCCGUCGUUCACAAAAAGUUCCUCCGCAAGUCGACAGGCACCACGCAAUCCAAAGGGGGUGACACACCUGAAUGGAAGCGCCGCCUAGUGUACGGGGACCUUUCGUACGGGGAACAAAAGGACCUAUUUACUUCUGCUGGCACAGGGCUGGAAAACAUCUUUAAGCCCCCACCAUCAACAAACGAGCCGUCACGAGAGGGACACAUUGGGUCCUCUUACCACGAACACGAUUCCGAAGGGCGCACCGCCGUGCCCGACAGCCCAUCUCCCUUGAGCCGCGACCCAUCGACCGUCGAGAUACACGCGAGCGAAUCGCAGCAAGGGGCACCAACGCGCCAACAUCCAACGCGGGCAUCGAUGGGAAUGCAGUACCGCCGCACCGAGGACGCCGCCGACGCGAGCAGGGCAUCCGAGCUCGGCUCAUACCCGCCUUCACAUCACACAAACCACACGCACCUCACACAUCAUACAAAUCACUCGAUGUUGUCGGGUGACGGCGAGUCACGCAAGGUCAGUGGCCGGAGUGACAUCCGCAACGAAGACUUCAGCCCCAUCAUUCUCGAGCGGCGACAGGCUAGCAACGGCGCAACAGUGUUCGGUCCCGUGGCCGACCUGCCCCCCGAUGAGCUCCACAAGCGCCUGGCGGUACUACGCGAUAAUCAGGACGUCGUCGGGGUCGAUGUCGACGGCGGAGCGACGCAAAAAAGCACGGGAUCGCAGAAUCAGGGGAACACACCAGACUACGCAAAACUCGAGGGGUUUGUCAACUUUCAACGGGGCAGUCGAUCUGAGGAAGGAUCGUUUCGCCACCAUAUGCUAAGCUCUGCGCUCAACGACAGCUCCGAGCUGAACCCGGAGGAGUCUCUGCAGGCGAGCACCCCCAAGCAGUUCCCAAGCGUCAGGGGGGAGAAAUGGGACCCGCCUGAGCAGUUCCCUGCCGACAGUCCGGACUUGCCGCGAGCGCCCGAACCCAGCCCAGAGAAGCGCCUGCCAACCGUUCACCUUGGCCCAGACAGUCCCUUCAAGCUCUUCCAUCCCUACGAUAAUUUCACCAGCGAGACCCUCCUCCGGAGACUAAGCCAAGAGCACGGUGAUGCAGCCCCAGGUGACAUGUUCUUCUCGAUCGCGGUGGACGAAAGCCGGACGCAGGUAGAAGGUGGGAUUCGGACGCGGCCACCAUUACCCCCACCACAGGAACACGACGACUACUCUUCCGUCUAUGCCAACCGGUUUGGUGCCGGGGAACUUGACGGGUACGAGUUCAACGACGAGUUCUCCCACAUCACCCACGACGCGACCGAGCUCGAUGGCGACAAGGAAAACCGCGAACCGGAUGAAGAGUCCAUGCUACCGUCGCACGCGCCCAUAUUUGACCUCACCCACAACUCUUCGCCCGCCGAGACACCAGACCUUGUAGUAAACCGGAGGCGGAAGUCCACGCCCUCCCACGCCUCUCGACGCGGGCCCCGUGUCUCGUUCCCCGGAUACUUUGAGCUGUCACCGCCUGGUGGACGCCGGGACGUGUCUGGGCCUGAGAUCAAGCGCCCACGCACAUCGCCAUCGAAAGAUCCCACCCCGAAGCGGCGGCGAACCCUGCACAAGUCAGAUAUCUCAUAUGGGGCAGACGACUUUCCCCCUUCGGUGGCCGGUGAUUCGGCCCCGUUCUCGCGGCCGCCGGUCCGGUCGGGCUUGGGUAGGUUCCGGCAAGAUGCGCACAGUUACGAUGAAGACGGUGUAGUACCUGAAUUACGCCAAUCAGUACGACCACGGACACCGACACCGAGCCAGCGAUCGUCAGUCCAACGCGAGCAGCAUCCCUUCAGGCAGAGCCAAAGGUCGCCUCUUCGCACGAGCCGACACGGGCAACCAAUGGCACACCCAGUCGGCGCAGCGGUCCAGACGAGCCGCAAACCUUCGAUCAAGACGGAGGACUUUAUCAACGAGGCCAACAAGAUCAUGGCCAUGAUUCGCAACAAGGCCGGCCUUGCGAGCGGGUUGACAAGCGUCGAAGAGUCGGACGAAGAGAAGGCCCAGAUCUCACCGGUGCUUGAAGGGUCCGGGUCAUAUGAAGAGUCGACUCAGGAACCUUUUUCACGACCGCCUAGUCGCGAAGGACGGCCACCGCUAACACGCAAGUCGACGAAGCAGGAAGACCCAGUGCUGGCAGAGCAGCUCAAGAAAUACGAGGAGGCCAGCGACAUGGGUGACUUCAUUCCCCCGUCAUCCGUGCGCUCGGCGCGACUCGGUGCAGAGGUCAUGGCCGCAGCGCGGGCGCAGGCUGUUGAGGACUGGGCCGACCACCAAAGCCGGAUGUCCGAGUCACAGGCCGAAAUCAUCAGCGACCCCCCGAACAUCCGGAUCUCCCGGAACCCGGACUGGAGAGAGGAGGAAGACCCUUCAGUUGGUCAAGGCUUUAACGACCACCGUGUCCCGUCGCAUGGAUCAGCUGGCUUUGGCUUCCACGACACGCAGGGCACGGACCGAUCCAUCCCAACUCGUUCCUCGCGAGCAUCAUCCGGCUCGUCUCGAUCGUCUAGAAACUCAGACGCCCGGAAAACCAUCAUGCCCGAAAGCGUGUGCCACCUGAUUCCGGACCAGGUCGGGAACAUGAUUCUCGAUCGCCAACGGAACAUGUGGGUCAAGCGCAAGGGGUCUGGCGAGUCCAAGGAGAGUUUCUCCCAGUCCGUCCUGAGCGAGGACGACCCGUUUGCCGGGAUCCCCGACCUCUCGGUCGAUGUCACCAAGGAGAUGCAGAACCUGCUCCUAGCGGGGAAGCAGGAGGCUGCCACGGCUGCGCUCCAGGCCCGUCUCGCAAGUGCUGGUGGUCUUCCGCAGAUCAGCCCGACAAAGGCCCAGCGAGUGGGUUCUCUGACAAGGGCUGCCCUUGAUGCGGCCACCGCGGCUGCCACGGAUACAACGGUUCAUCCUAACUAUCAUCCGGACGAGCUUUUCAGCGUCGACCAUGAGUUUGACGCCGACCAAGGCCGCGACAAGGAACAUCGGCGACUCACCAUCAGUUUCUCGUCUCCCCUCGCAUCGGUCAUCCAGGACGCCACCAGUAUCGAGAAAAUGCUGGCCGAGGAAGGCUUGGCCGCGGGCAAUGAGGCCCGCGACCCGACGACACACGCGAGAGGCGGCCGGAGGGCGGUCUCCAUCGGCAACAACUCGCGCGGCCCGCAACGCUAUCUUUCUGUUAGAGGCAAGUCGGCAAUGGCGCGGCCCGUGUCGAGAAUCGACGAACGCGACGAGGACCCUUCUGCCCCUGGAUCCGCCAAACCAGCGGAGGCCACGUCGGGCAUGGAACUCAGUCUGCUGGGUGACUAUAGCAUGGUCAACCGCGAGGAUAGCACCGGCAGCAGCCAGCAGCAGGAUAGUCUCCGGUUCUUGGUUGCGACUCCGGGCCAGGAGCCCACCUGCCCCAUCCCUGGUAUCGACGCCGCGCCCAUCAUCAGCCAGUACGUCGGCACGCUCUCUCUUAGCCCGCUCUCCGAGUUCACCAUGCACCGCCCCGAAGAGACACUACCCUUCGAAGCUAGCUACGUGGUGGGCAACCACCGGCUCGUCACGGGCGAUCCUUCGAAGCAGGUGGUCUCGAUGAGCAUCCGCGAGCUGGUCGACAAGCUGGCCGAAGUCGAGCCGUUCGAGCCGCACUGGGAGGACAUGCGCGAGCUGGAGCUGCGCGACAAGGGCCUGAGCGCGCUGCAUGCCCUCGACGAAUACUGCGGCCAGCUGGAGAGCCUGGAUGUGUCCAAGAACAAGAUCAGGAAUCUUGGCGGCAUCCCAUCGUCGAUCCUGCACCUGCGCGCCGCGCACAACCAGCUGUCGAGCCUGACGGCCUGGACGCACCUGAUGAACCUGCAGUACAUCGACGUGUCCAACAACGGGCUCGAGAGUCUGGCCGUGUUCAAGAAUCUGGUGCACCUGCGCAGCCUGCGCGCCGACAACAACCAGAUCACGAGCCUCGACGGCAUCAAGUUCCACAAGGGCCUGCAGACCCUGCGCGUGCGCGGAAACCUCAUCGAGCAAGUCGACUUUGACGGCAACACGCUGCAUCAGCUGACCGACCUCGACCUGCGCAAUAACCAGAUUCGCUCGGUCGCCCACGUCGAACAGCUCGCCGCGCUCACCUCGCUCAACCUUGACGGCAACCAACUCACUUCUUUCUCUGUGGAUUACCAGCACGGCGACGACAACAACGCGCCGGUUUCCCCUCUGCGCUAUCUCCGCCUCGACGAUAACCACCUAACCACCCUCAACGUCCGCGCCCUAACUCACCUUCGCCUCCUCCACGCUGACCGCAACGCCCUCGUGCAAAUCGCCGGCUUCUCCCGCGCCCGCCGCAUCGACUCCCUCUCCCUGCGCGAACAGCACGGCACCCUCCCGCUGGACCUCCCGCACCUCCUAGCCCGCGCCUACGAGGUCCGCAAGCUCUACCUCUCCGGCAACCUCCUCGAAUCAUUUGCGCCCCGCGUCGACCUGCUCAACCUCCAGCUGCUAGAACUCGCCAACUGCGGCUUGUCCGCACUGCCCGAAGACGUGGGGCUCGCCUUGCCCAAUCUGCGCGUGCUCAACCUCAACAUGAACGCGCUGACUGACCUGACGCCGCUACGCGCCGUGCCGCGGCUGAAGCGCUUGCUCGUUGCUGGCAACCGGCUGGCUGAUCCGGGCAGGGUGCUGGGUCCGCUGGCGGAUAUGCUCAGCGCGGAUGGAAAUGGCUCGUCUACGUCGUGCUUGGUGGCGUUGGAUCUACGGGAUAAUCCGCUCACGCAGGGGUUUUAUGCGCCUGUGCAGGUUAUCGUCAGAACUGGCAGCAACAGCAACAACAGCAACACAGCCGAACCCAACAAUAACACCGCCCCAGAAACCCAUCAACAAAACCGUGAUAUUAUCAGCGUAGGUGAUGUCAGCGGCAGCGCACAAGGAGAAGCAGAAGGAAGCGAAAUGUUUACCCUCCCCUCGCAAGACGCCGACCGCGACGCACGGUACUGCGCCCGAUUGGACAUGGACACGCGGAUGCGGAGACGGUUGUAUGAGACGAUGGUGGGGAAAAAGUGUGCGCGCGUGAGGAGGUUGGAUGGGUUGGACUUUGGGAAGAAAUUAACAAAGGGGAAGAAGGGGGCAAAAAGUAAGAGGAUUGAGAGUGGGAUGGUUAUGGGGAGUGAGAUGAAAAAGACAGAGAAAGAGGAUACGGUUGAGAAAGAUGAGAACAACACCCCGCCGACAUCCCCUCCAGCAAUGGCAGCGGCAGCUGCGACGGCGAACAGGAGUGGGCGAUGGCCGGCUGAGGACAGUUUUGCGUGA